CCUGCGUCACUCCAAAGAGGAGAGGAAGGAUUUGGACUGGGAGCUAGAAGAGAAAGGGAGAAGAGCCCGGAGGGAGGCUGAGGAGAGGAUGAGGGAGACCAGUGCUGCAGUGGCUGAAGAGGAAGAAAAGUCUGGUAUCUGUCUCCUGGUUGGUCGGUUCUGUGGCGGGGGUAACGGGGGCGGCGGCGGUUCCCAGGAGCAAGACACGUCUGAAGCAUCAGAGAAGCUGCCUGACAUCAGUGAGAACCCGGUAUGGAAGUACACUGUGGAUGCUAAUGCUCUCAUAAUGAUGGCUGUAGCAGUUUUCAUGUGGGGUUACUACGCUUAACAGUCCUAUUAACCCUUUGA